AUGUCUCUCCUCCAAGCUGGUCGUUUCGUUGUUAUGCUCCAAGGCCGCCAUGCCGGUAAGAAGGCUGUCGUUCUUGCUGCCUACCCAGAAGGCACAGAAGACCGUAAGUUCCCAUACGCCAUCGUUAUGGGUAUCGAGAAGUAUCCAAAGAAGGUCACAAAGGACAUGCCAACAGAAGUCCUCGUUAAGAAGACACAGGUUAAGCUCUUCGUUAAGGCCGUCAACUUCAACCACGUUAUGCUUACACGCCACAACGUAAAGGAUGAGGACUUCUUCAAGAAGAUCUCCGUCGAGAAGGUUGUUGCUGCUCUCAAGGAUGCCCCAGCUAAGAAGGCUCUCCUUACAGAAUACGCCGCCGUCCUUCGCCAGAAGUACCUCAACAACAAGAUGGCAUGGUUCUUCAAGCCACUCCAAUUCUAA